GCAGAUCAGCGGAAAGUUGACAGCAAAAUAGUGGAGAACAAAGGUCAGCAGGAAGUUGACAGCAGAAUAGUGAAGGAUAACGAUGGAAAUUUCACAGAGACAGAUGCGUGUUUGUCACGGUCCCAAGCACUUGAUCCAACCGCAGAAUAUAAAAUGAAAUAUGGACGCCGUGGAUUGGCUUUAAUCUUCAACCAUGAAUGGUUUAACUAUCAGUUAAGACUUCCCGAAAGAAGAGGUACCACAGCUGAUCGAAUUAACCUCGAGAGAAGCUUAACUCAGCUCGGGUUUGAUGUAAAGCAUUACUACAAUUGCUAUUCAGCCGAGGUCCAUCAACGUAUCCAAGAAGCUGCAGCAAGUGACCACAGUGAUGCUGACUGCUUCCUUUGUGUCUUUCUGAGCCAUGGAGAAAAUGGUCAUAUAUAUGCCCAUGACUGUGCAAUUGAAAUUAAGGAAUUGACAAGCCCUUUCAAGGGUGACAAGUGCCCAAGUUUAGCGGGAAAGCCUAAAAUUUUCAUAUUUCAGGCAUGUCGGGGCACUCAACAUGAUGAGCCAGUCCGUGUUACAGACGCUACUGACAGUGCUGUGGACCAGCCGGAGGUUAAUACAGUUGAAGUAGAUGCAGCUUCCGUGUACACUCUGCCUGCUGGUGCCGAUUUCAUCAUGUGCUAUUCUGUUGCAGAAGGCUACUACUCUCACCGUGAAACCAUAAAUGGGUCUUGGUACAUUCAGGAUCUAUGUGAAGUGCUGAGGAUGUACGGCAAGGAGCUGGAAUUCACAGAACUGCUAACACUGGUGAACAGGAAAGUGUCUCUGCGAUCUGUUGAAGCCUGCCUAGAUCUCAGUGCAAUUGGGAAAAAACAAGUUCCUUGCUUUGCUUCCAUGUUAACCAAAAAGCUCUAUUUAAGACACAAAUAA